AUGAUUAUAAAAUUAAAUAAAUUUAUUACAUUAUUAAUUUUAUUAAUAAUAAUUAAUUGUAAUUUUCAAAUUGUAAAAGCUGAUGCUGAAUCAAAAGCAUUAGAUAUUAUUAAUAGAUAUCGUGACAUUGGAAGAUAUACAUUUUUUACAACUGAUGGUCAUUUAGAACAUUAUCCAGAAGGAUUUUGUGGUGGUAUACAAGAUCUUAACGAUUGUAAAUGGGAUGAAUAUAUUGAAGCAGUAGUUUUAUUAUCAGGUAUUGCAUUGGUAAUUGGACUUAUAACAUUAGUAUUUGGUAUAAUAUUUUGGAUAUUCAGAUGUAUUUGUUUUGGAGGUUGUAAUGCUACCCAUGGUUUCUUUUGUCCAAAAACAAGAUAUGAUCCAGAUAUUGGUGAAGGUUACAAAAGUGGUAGUGUUUUCAUUUUGAAAAUAGUGACAUUGGUUAUGGUAGCAGGCUGUGUUGCAGUUUUCAUUACAGCUCUUAAAGGUAACUCAUCAACCACAUCUGGUAUUAAUAAUCUUAGUGAUACAAUUUUCAAUAAGACCUCUUACAUAUUAGAUGAAUUGGUUGGAAUUAGUAUUGAAUUAAAUCAAACUAAAUAUGAACAAUUUGGAGAAAGAGUUGAAAUCCAAAAUCAAUUAAAUCAAAUCAUAGAUUAUGGUAAUGACAUUGAAAGUAAAGGUGAAACCGUUAGUGAUAAUGCAAAGGAUGUAAAUACAAUUAGAAAUAAGAUCAUUGUUAUUGGUUUAGUUUUUUGUGUUAUCAAUGCUGGUACAAUUGGUGUUGCUGCUCUAUUCGGUCUUCCAGCUAUGGCACGUUCCGCAGCAAUGAGUUUGGUUUUCUUAAUUCCAUUUAUGUGGAUUGUUUUCUCUGUUCAUUAUCCAAUCAAUAGUGUAGUUGCCGAUAUUUGCAUGAGCUACAAUAAUAACACUGGAAGUAUCGAGCAACAGUUGGCCAAUUAUACAAAUCCUAUCGUUUCAGAAAUUUUUGGAACCUGUCAAGAUUCCAAUAACUUUAAUUCAUCUGCAUUGAAAAAUUUAGAUACAACAGUGGUUAAUCUCAUUCAAAAUGCUACCUCCUCAACCUGUGAUAAAAUUAAUGACGCUUGUCAAGUAACAUUCCCACGUUAUCCAAACGAUGAUCCAGCUGCAAUUCCAUAUAAUCAAAAUGUUUUAGAUUGUCCACCAAGUGUCACCUGUGGUAAUAGUACAAUUGGUAUUUACAUUUACAAUUCAACCGUUCAUAAUUUCCAAUAUAAAUGUAAGAAUAGUGCCAACUGUGGUGAUACUUCAACUUGUGAUACAUCGAAUCCACUCAAUCUCAUGACAUGUGGUUGGGUUAAUGUUACCUCUGUAAAUGAAUGUUCUCAAGGUAAUUGUAUAUAUAAUAGCAAUACUCAAGUCACUGAUGCUGCCAAAGAUAUAGUUAAUUUCUAUGAUAUUUUAACCUCGCUCAUCAAUAUUUGGACUCAACAAUUCUCUCCAUUAUUCAAAUGUUCAUCCAUCUUGUCUUUUAUUGAUGAUGUUCAAAAUAUUGUUUGUGUUGAUGAAGUAAAUGCUUUAGAUCUUAUCGUUGCUCCAACAGCUGUAUUUGCUAUUUUAUUAACUGGACUUGGAAUAACUGGUGUCCUUGGGUCUAAAAGAUUUGACUCAAAAAUGAGAGCUAAAAAAUAA